AUGAAGCCCCAGGGUCUAGCGUAGGUUCCGCGAGAAAAGUACAAUACAACUUGUAUAAGUUGUUAUUUUCAUAAAUUUGUAUAAAAAUCCUCACUAAGACAAAUUUGGAAGAGGUCUCACCGACUCGAUCAGCCCGAAGGCCAAUGCCGAAAUCAUUGUUCUGUUCGGACUGGCCGAAAAAUUAAGCCUUGUUCAGCUUCUAUACAAGCUUAAUAUUUAAACGCUGUGAAGGGCUAGCACAUGUGAGCCUAAGGGCCAAAGCCCACACCCUGGCCUGGCAAUUUUACAGUCCUACCCUACUCUAAUUUAACCCUUAUCCGGUUUUUUGCUACCCCAAUGUACUUUCUGACAUUACUUUAAAAUUUGAUUUCAAUACUAAACAUAUUUCUAUGUUACUGUAAUUAAAGCUUCAAAAACCAAUGUUUGUAACCUCGCUCUACAGUACCCUUGUACCUUGUGCCUUUUGCAUCACGUUUUAAAAUUGUUUUUCCCAAAAUAGCGGAAUAUCCAAACAUUUACAUUUCCACUCGAUUGCGCUGAUUUUGGGUGUGGUAAUAGGGGAGAGGGAUUUAAUUCGAUGCACUUCGUUCCCAACUAAUUAUGCACAGACGAUCCCAUUUCGGACCAUCACGUGCUGGAAUUCCGCGCUGAUACGAUUAAGGAAGAGAUCAGGUAGAAGGGAAGGUUUGAAGAUGAAGACAAGGUCAAGGAAGCAAAAGUUACAAAAGUCAAAUGCACUUUUUAGGUACGGUAGACGCAAGAAUUGAAAAGUUUGAUAAAUCCGUGGGAGAACGGAGGAGGUAUUAUUAAAAGUAAAGAACAUAAAGCUAAAGCUAUUGUAAUAUCCUAUCAAAUAAAAACAGACACUUACCAGCCUAGUCAAACAUGUGACAACAAACAAUUUUGUUGUAAAUAAGAAGUAUUUAUUAACUAUGUUAUAGACAGAUGUUGACGAAACAACAAAAAAUAAACAUAUUAUAGUAAAAAAUAAAAACUUUAUGGUAGUACUGUAGCAUUGCCUAUGGCACAAAAAAGUAUUGAAAGAAUAUAAACCCGCCUAAUUUAUAAGCUCUAACUUUUACUGAAGUUUUAGCCUAUACCUAAGCCUUAAUUCAAGUAUAAGCAUAUGCAUAAAGCGUAACCUAAGGUUAGAGCUAAACAGAAAGCCAAGGCGAAAGGAAAGAAUAAGCUUUAUGCUCAGGCUCAGGCUCAGGCUCAGGCUCAGGCUCAGGCUCAGGCUCAGGCUCAGGCUCAGGCUCAGGCUCAGGCUCAAGCUCAGGCUCAGGCUCAGGCUCAGGCUCAGGCACAGACUCCGACUCAAGCCCAUGCUCAGGCUUGGGCUCAUGUUAACGCUCAUGCUUAG